AUGAGUGACAAAAUUCCCUCUUGGAAUGUCGUCCACAAGCUGGAGAAGCGCCAGCUUCUCAUUGGAAUCAACUGUGUAGCCGCGUUGUCUAUAUUGUUCUUCGGAUACGAUCAAGGAAUGAUGGCCGGUGUUAACAACGCAAAGGAUUAUAUCGAUCUCAUGGGCUUCGGUUAUACUGAGAUGGUGGAUGGCAAGGUGAAACCGGUGGUCACCAAUUCCUUGCUACAAGGUGGUAUUGUGUCGGUCUACUACCUGGGAACACUUUUCGGUGCACUACUGGGUGGCUGGCUUGGAGACCGCAGAGGAAGAAUCAAGACCAUUGCAGCGGGUGCUUUGUGGGCUAUUCUGGGCGCGGCCCUGCAGUGUUCGGCACAAAACCACAAUUGGAUGAUAUGCGCGCGUUUCGUCAACGGAAUUGGAACCGGAAUUUUGAACGCUAUCGUUCCUGUCUGGGCUACUGAGACGGCUGAACAUACUUCGCGUGGACAGUUCAUUGCCAUUGAAUUUACGCUGAACAUUUUUGGUGUUGUGUUGGCCUAUUGGUUGGAGUUUGGCCUAUCUUUCAUCGACAACGGAGAGUCAGCCUUCCGCUGGAGAUUCCCCAUUGCAUUCCAAAUUCUCUUCCUCAUAACCCUCUUUGUGGCUGUCUGGUUCUUCCCAGAAUCACCUCGAUGGCUCGUUAAAGUCGGCCGGGAGGAAGAGGCCCGCUACAUUCUACAUCGUCUACGUGGAUCUAGCGGAGAGGACCUCCUCCGAGCGGAAGCCGAGUUUCAGGACAUCCUAAGCAUUGCGGAGCUAGAGCGGACAGUGAACCACGGUGACUCAUAUCUGUCUAUGCUGAUUGGCUACAGAUCCGGCGACCUGCAUAUCGGCCGCCGUGUGCAGUUGGUCAUUUGGCUACAGAUCAUGCAGGAAUGGGUUGGUAUUGCAGGAGUUACUGUUUACGCACCAACUAUAUUUGGCAUUGCUGGAUUUGAUUCAACGAAGAGCCAGUGGAUUAGUGGAUUGAACAAUGUCUUCUACAUGUUUGCUACUCUAGUUUGUGUGUUCACUCUCGACCGCAUCGGUCGCCGGUGGACUUUGUAUUGGGGCGCGGUUGCCCAGGGCAUUGCCAUGUUCCUUGCGGGUGGAUUUUCCCGUCUCGCCAUUGACAACAAGGCAGCCGGUGACAUGAGCAAGGCAUCCUCGUAUGGUGCGGCCGCAGCUUCGAUGAUUUUUAUCUUUACAUCUGCAUUUGGAGCUUCGUGGCUCACAGUCCCUUGGGUUUAUCCGGCUGAGAUCUUCCCCCUGGCUGUUCGUGCACGUGGAAAUGCCUUUGGUGUUGUCGGAUGGAGUAUUGGAAAUGGAUGGCUGAACCUUGAGACUCUCCUCUGCCCCGUCAUGUUCAAUGCCAUUGGUGAAAAGACACUCUACAUCUUCGGCGCCAGUAAUCUCAUCGCUAUCCCCAUUGUGUGGGCUCUGUAUCCAGAAAGCAACCAGCGCACGCUAGAGGAUAUGGAUCUCCUAUUCGCGGCCAACACCCCCUGGACCUGGGAUGCUGAGAAAACCUUUGCACGCCUCAAGGUGGAAACCCCAGGCAUGGUGCAGUCUCUCGGCCCCAAGGUCAGUGUGGUAGACCCGGAGACUGGAAAGCCUUUUUCUGUAGCUGCGGUUGUUGCUGCCUCCAAGGCAGGUGAUAAUGCUCCCGCAGAUCCACAGACCUCGAUACCAACCCCAGACCAGAAAGACCCUAAACCCCAGAAAUUCCUCCAACCUGCAGCACUCACCGCGCAAACCCAAAAAUCUCUCCGCCGCAUAUCCCUGCACCCAACGCUAACCCCCUACCGCCGGCGCGUGUAUCGGACGCUCCUGUCCGUCCCGCCAGGUCGGUGGACUACAUACUCGGCGAUGGCGACGUACCUAGGCUCCAGCGCGCGUGCGAUCGGCAAUGCAAUGCGCAGCAAUCCCUUUGCGCCGGAGGUGCCGUGUCAUCGGGUCGUUGCGGCGGAUGGGUCGUUGGGUGGGUAUAAGGGGGAAUGGAAAGUUGAUGGGCACAAGAGUGGUGGUGGGUUCUGUGAGGAGAAGAAGUUGAGACUUGAAGAGGAGGGGGUUGUAUUUUUGGAUGGGAAGGUUAGGGGAAUUUGCUUUAAGGAAUUUGUGGAUUUGGGGGCUACAUGA